CAUGGCGGGUGACGGAAAGGAAGCUAUUGUAAUAUGUCUUGAUGUUGGUCCAUCCAUGAACCAGGCACCAGAUGGACAAGAAACUUGUCUGGAAACAUCUAUCAAAGCAAUAUCUAGAAUCCUACAGAGGAAGGUAUUUGCUGAUUCCAAAGACGAAGUAGGAUUGGUAUUAUUUGGUACGUCAGAGACUGCUAACGACCUAGCCGAGGGUGAAGAAUACCAGAAUAUAACAGUAGCUAAACCGUUGGGACUUGCUACCAUCAGUUUAUUAGAAUAUGUUGUCAAAGAUAUACAACCCAGCAAUAUAUCCGCAGAUUUUGUUGAUGCUUUGGUUGUAUCAAUGGAUUUAAUGGAAAAGUCGAUUCGGGGUAAGAAAUUUGGUUCAAAUCGAAUCGUUGUCUUCUCUAAUCUUGGUGGUGAGUUCACUGAUGACAAACUUGAUGCUAUUAUAAAUGGUCUGAAGUCACUGGAAACUGAAAUUAAUCUCAUUGGUCCUGACAUGGACGGCAAUGAUAAUGAUAAUGAUGGUGGUGCUGAUGAGAACCAUGCUGGUGGAGCCUCCAAUAUGCCAAGUAGAAAAGAGAAAACUCCGCAACAGAGAGCUGGAGAAGCUUUAAUGUCCCAUAUUCUUGAAGCAACUGAUGGAUCCUGUUAUUCAUUCAGUGAAGCAUUACCUGCACUGGCCUUCUUUCAAGCAAGAACAACAAAACAAGUGACAUGGAAGUGUAAACUGGAAAUUGGUGAUGAUUUAAAAAUACCAGCAUGUGGAUAUUACAAGGUAAAAGAAGGUAAAAUGCCUCGUGGAUGGGGAAGUACUUACAUGAAAACAGCCGGCAAGGAAUUUUCCAUAAAAUAUGCACGGUCCUAUCAUUUAAAUAACGAUGAAGAAACUGAGAUUGAUCAAGAAGAUCUUGUUAAAGGAUAUCGCUAUGGUAGUGAUAUUAUACCAAUGUCAAAAGAAGAUUUGGACAAUAUGGCGUAUAAACCUGGAAAUAAAUGUUUCAAAGUACUUGGAUUUACAAAACUUGAAAAU